AUGACACCGCUUUCGUCUGUAUCUAACGCUCAACAGUCCUUUGACAAAGCCAAGAAGCAUUUAUGGGCUUCUGACUCACCGAAACAAGAAAUGAGCGGUCAGAAUAGACACUCCGAGCAGCCACGCUACUCACUCCCUGAGAUCGAACGGGGUUCCAGCGACCAUGACGAGUACCAAGUAAACUCGCAUGGUGAUCCGUCAACUUCUCAGCGACGAUCAGAGCGAAAAGGGUGCAUACUACCUUCGUCUUCACGGAGUGACCUGUGCACUUUGCCACCUCUCCCUCGCGAAAGAACAUAUGACCGAGAUGUCCGUCCUAUACCUUCUCGAUUCACAAAAUUCAUGGACCACUCGCCAGCACAAGAUGGGCAGCUUAGGCGCACUUGUACAGACCUGGAGACCUACCACGAUAGUCGGCAACAACGACCUGUUUCCUUGUCGGUUUUCAAUGCACCGACGGCGACGUACGCUUGGGAACGCUACGAACCUGAAUCUCAGAUACCCUAUCCACGCCCCCUUUAUGUCGAUUACAUUGGUCGAAGCUCCACGCGGUCGGCAUCGUCAAGCUCCAUCUCCAGCUUACGCGAUUCUCCUGGAAUGCCUCGCCUUGGCAGAUCUCCUGCACUAUCUGACCGCAGCAUCUCCACACCUACUUUACUCCCCCAAAAACGAAGAAGCUCGUCCCCAGCUGGACAUUAUCAUGCAUCUUCUGUCACGAAGAUCACGGAGCCGCUCAGGCCCUACCAGCGAACACCUACUCCCGAAAUGAUCUGUAGCCCACCAUUGCACAGAUCUCAAUCUGAUCGCCAUGUUUCGGCAAAACGCAGUAUUCCGAACGGCGGUGAUGAGCGCCACCGUCAACAUGAGGACAGUCCAUGCGGUAGUGAUUCCAGCGAUCAGUCACACAUUACCCGCCCAAUAGUACCACUCAAGUCAGAUUCAGAGGAGUGGGAGAAGUACGCUUGCUUUACUCUGGACGGCACAACACGGAAAUGGUUGUGCACCUGGUCGACAGAGUCAGGAGGACAGUGCAAAUACAUGUCCAAGAAACAAUUAGUCAAACGCCACGUUGAAACGACUCAUUUGCGUUACAAGCCAUUCGUAUGCGGUAUCUGCGGCAAAGGAUUUCCUCAGAAAACUUCUCUCGACACUCACAUGCACGGACACACUGGAUCCACACCACACGCAUGUCGAUAUAAUUGUGGGAUGUGGUUCAAGGAUCCAGCACGUAGACACAGACACAUGGUGGACGAGCACCAGUACGUUCCAAGGCAGUCUAAGAAGAAGCACACGAGCGGACAGCCUCCAGACGCUCUGGACUUCGAAUCUGUGCAACGAUGGAAUGUCGCCAGUGCCCCUUAG